UGUUCGCGCACGCGCACCGUCGCCGCGCCGCUCUCGCUUCCUGUGCGUGUCCUGGUCAUCGCUCGCCUUCGUUCCCAGGCUCUGGCUUCCGGGGCCUGCGAGGCUGGACCCAUCGGGCGCGGGCCGUGUGGAGGCUAGAGCGGGGACCCCCGAGCGCGAGCCCCGGAACCCGCGGGCUAGGCCGGAGGGGCAGGGCGGCGGCGGCAGCGGCCUGGGGGCGGCGGGACCCGGGCCCGACCGUCUACAGCGCGCGGGACGGCGAGGCCCCGCGAGGGACGUCGGCCUGAAGGGAGCUUGUCGUGUAGGCCCAGGGCCGGCUUCUCGGGCCCAGCGGCCUCGGGAGGCGGCGAGGAGGGACCCGGGAGAGGAGCGCGCCGGAGGAGCAGCCCCCGGCCCGGAGCCUCGGGAGCCCGGGGCCGGUCAACGAGUCCCGCCGGGGUCCGCCUCUACUUUCACUCCUGCACGUUUUUCCAAGAGCAGUGGAAAAUGAACCAAUCUCUGGGGUCAGUGUCAUUCAAGGACGUGGCUGUGGACUUCACCCAGGAGGAGUGGCAGCAGCUGGACCCUGAGCAGAAGACAACCUACAGGGACGUGAUGCUGGAGAACUACAGCCACCUGGUCUCCGUGGGGUGUCACAUUAUCAAACCGGAAGUUAUCACCAAGUUGGAGCAAGGAGAAGAGCCAUGGAUAGUGGGAGGGGAGCUCCUGCUUCAGAGUUACCCAGAGGAAGACUGGAAAGUCCAUGAUCUGAUAGAGGGAGCCCAGGAAAAUGAAGACAGACAUUCAAGGCAAAUUGACUCUGUCAGCAACAAAACCCUGAUUGAAGAGACAGGUGACGUCCUUGGUAAGAUUUUUAACGUGGAAACAAACCCUGUUCCUCCAAGAAAAAUAUCCUACAAAUGUGACUCAUGUGGAAAGAGCUUAAAAUCUAUUUCAGAAUAUAUUAGUAGUGAUGGGAGCUAUGCAAGAGUGAAGCCUGAUGAAUGUAGUGCAUGUGGGAAAUCACUUCUCCAUGUUAAGCUUGAAAAAAUUCAUCCAGGAGAUAAACCUUAUGAAUUUAAUCAAAAUGGGGAGGCUUAUGUUCUAAACGAAGAAAGUAUUUAUCAGAAUAUUCAUCUUUUGGAGAAACCCUUUGAAUAUAUUGAAUGCCAGAAAGCCUUUCGAAAGGAUACAGUGUUUGUUAAUCAUAUGGAGGAGAAGCCCUACAAGUGGAACGAAUCUGAAAUAGCCUUUCUCCAAAUGUCAAACCUUAGUGUGCACCAGAGAGCUCAUUUGGAAAUGAAGCCCUAUGAAUGCAAUGCAUGUGGGAAGUCCUUCUGUAAAAAGUCAAAAUUUAUUAUACACCAGAGGACUCAUACAGGAGAGAAACCUUAUGAAUGUAACCAAUGUGGGAAAUCCUUCUGCCAGAAGGGAACCCUCACUGUACAUCAGCGAACACACACAGGGGAGAAGCCCUAUGAAUGUACCGAAUGCGGGAAAACCUUCUACCAGAAGUUACACCUCAUUCAACAUCAGAGAACUCACUCAGGAGAGAAGCCUUAUGAAUGUAGUUAUUGUGGAAAAUCCUUUUGCCAGAAGACACACCUCACACAACACCAGAGAACACAUUCAGGAGAGAGACCCUAUGUUUGUCAUGACUGUGGAAAAACCUUCUCCCAGAAGUCAGCACUUAAUGACCAUCAGAAGAUUCACACAGGUGUGAAACUCUAUAAGUGCAAUGAAUGUGGGAAAUGCUUCUGCCGCAAAUCUACUCUUACUACACACCAGAGGACACACACAGGAGAGAAGCCCUAUGAGUGCAACGAGUGUGGAAAGUUCUUCUCUCGUUUGUCCUAUCUCACUGUGCAUUACAGAACUCAUUCAGGAGAGAAGCCCUAUGAAUGUAACGAAUGUGGGAAAACCUUCUACCUAAACUCAGCGCUUAUGAGACACCAGAGAGUACACACAGGAGAGAAGCCCUAUGAAUGUAACGAAUGUGGAAAGCUGUUCUCCCAGUUAUCGUACCUCACCAUACAUCAUAGGACUCACUCUGGAGUGAAACCCUAUGAGUGUAACGAAUGUGGGAAAACCUUCUACCAGAAUUCCGCCCUUUGUAGACAUCGGAGAAUACAUAAAGGAGAGAAGCCCUAUGAAUGCUACAUAUGUGGGAAGUUCUUCUCUCAGAUGUCAUACCUCACUAUACAUCAUAGGAUUCAUUCAGGAGAGAAGCCCUAUGAAUGUAAUGAAUGUGGGAAAACCUUCUGCCAGAAUUCAGCCCUUAACAGACAUCAGAGGACACACACAGGAGAGAAAGCCUAUGAGUGUUAUGAAUGUGGCAAAUUCUUCUCUCAGAUGUCAUAUCUCACUAUACACCAUCGGAUUCAUUCAGGAGAGAAGCCUUUUGAAUGUAAUGAAUGUGGAAAAGCCUUCUCUCGGAUGUCAUACCUCACUGUACAUUAUAGAACUCAUUCAGGAGAGAAGCCCUAUGAAUGUAAUGAGUGUGGGAAAAAAUUCUACCACAAAUCAGCCUUCAAUAGCCAUCAGAGAAUUCACAGGAGAGGGAAUAUGAACGUACUCGACGUGGGAAGGCUUCUCUGACGUCACACCUUAUUAAAUGUCACAGAACUCUCUCAAUAUAAUGAAUAAGAAACUGCUACUGUCCUAAGUGAGUGUUCACAUGGGUGAGUGUGGACAAGCCUUUGAGGAUUAGACUUGGAAUCUGGAAGUUUGCAGGGUGGAAACCACAACUGUAACUAGGCCACAUGACCUGUUGACAGGAGUAAAAAUUUAUUGGUAUUUAAAUUGUACAUAAUUUCACCAUGGAUUCAAACUGUUUUACAUAUCAGGGAAUUCAGACCAAGGGAAAAUCUCUCAACUUAAGGAAUGUUGAAAACAUAUUCUGUUGGAAAUUAUGAAAACUGAAAGUUGUGUUUCUGAUAAAAUAUCAAGCUUUUU